UUUGCUUUUGCUAUCUGCUGCUAUGUUUCUCGACUCUACAAUUUAAACAAUUAAUAAUAAACGUGUACAAAUCAUAAAUUAUUUUAACUGCAGCAAACUUAUAAUAAAUUAACCCAUUACAGGAUGUCUGGGUUAUAAAUUAACUGUAGUUGAAAAUUUCUAUCUGCUUUAAAUUAUUAGGUAAUGGGUAUUCCAACAAAUUAAAACGGAACUUAAUUCACCAUCGUUUUAGGAAAAAUAAAUAUUUUUCCUAAUUUCAAGUAGUUAAAAAAAAAUAUUAUUGUAUUGGUGAGUUUGAACUUCAUUUAAACUUGACUAUACUUCAUUGAUAUGGAGAACGGUGACAAUGGUUUAAAUAAUUGUAGAAAAGUAGCAUUAAUCACAGGAAUCACUGGUCAGGAUGGAUCAUACCUAGCUGAAUUGUUGCUAGAUAAAGGAUAUGAAGUUCAUGGUAUUAUACGACGUUCAAGCACUUUUAACACCGGCCGCAUAGAACAUCUCUAUUUAGAUCCUAAAUCACACAUGGAAGGCAAAAUGAAACUUCAUUAUGGUGACAUGACCGAUAGUAGUUGUCUAGUGAAAAUUAUAGGAAUGGUGAAACCCACUGAAGUUUAUAAUUUAGCUGCUCAAAGUCAUGUUAAGAUUUCAUUUGAUCUAAGUGAAUAUACAGCUGAAGUAGAUGGCGUUGGGACUCUCAGGUUACUAGAUGCCAUUAGAGCAUGUCAACUAGAAAACAAUGUACGUUUUUAUCAAGCUUCUACUUCAGAAUUGUAUGGAAAAGUUGUUGAAAUACCUCAAAAAGAAACUACUCCGUUUUACCCUAGAUCUCCAUAUGCGUGUGCCAAAUUAUAUGCUUAUUGGAUUGUAACAAACUAUCGAGAAGCAUACAAUAUGUAUGCUUGCAAUGGAAUUCUUUUUAACCACGAAAGUCCAAGAAGAGGAGAAAACUUUGUGACUAGAAAAAUUACCAGAUCAGUAGCAAAAAUAGCAAUCGGUUCAUUAGAUUGUAUACAACUAGGAAACUUAGACUCUAAGAGAGAUUGGGGUCAUGCCAAAGAUUAUGUUGAAGCAAUGUGGUUAAUGUUACAACAGAAUAAACCUCAAGAUUUUGUGAUUGCUACUGGUGAAAUGCACAGUAUUAGAGAAUUUGUAGAAAAAGCAUUCAAGCACAUUGGCAAAACAAUUAUUUGGGAAGGAAAAGGGUUAAAUGAAGUGGGAAAAGAAGAAUCUACAAAUGUUGUACGUGUUAAAGUGAAUGCUAAAUAUUGUCCAACGGAAGUCGAACUUUUGCUGGGCGACGCCACCAAAGCCAAAACCGUACUCGGAUGGUCCCCCAAAGUGAAUUUCGAGCAACUGGUCUACGAUAUGAUGGAAGCCGAUCUAGCGCUCAUGAAGAAAAAUCCGUCGGCCUGAACUUCCUCACCCGUGCAAUACCUAUUUUAUAUUAUGUUUUAUAAACUAUAAACCUUGACUUGAUGUGUGCAUUUGGUUUAUUGGUGAUUUGUUAUUAUUGGAUUUAUAUAUUAGGACCUCAAGAGCCUAUCAUUUUGCAUAUUAUUAUACGUACCUAUAAUAUUUA